AUGAGUACCUCACCUAGCCCUAUCCGCGCUCUCAUCCCGGGCCUCCAUCUAGGAAGGCAUACACCGGGACCUCUUAACUCUCUAACCGACGUUCCUGGGGUUCUCGUGCAUACCGAAUCCAUUAUCAAAAAACCAUCGGAAACAGAGCGUGGACACGCCAUCAACACCGGCGUCACCGUCAUCCUGCCCCGGCGUGAGUGGUUCAACAAUGCCUGUUAUGCAGGCUAUUUCCGAUUCAAUGGCAGCGGCGAGAUGACCGGCGCACACUGGCUCGACGAAACGGGUCUUCUCAAUUCGCCUAUUGUGCUCACAAAUUCGUUUUCGGUGGGACCCUGCUAUAGUGGAGUUUAUCAAUAUGCGAUUCGCGAAUAUGCCAAAAACGGUACUCCGGCGGAUUGGUUUAUUCUGCCGGUUGUGGCUGAAACUUGCGAUCUGUUUUUGAGUGAUAUUGCGGCUAUGGCCGUUACGCCUGAAAUGGUGGUUAGGGGCAUUGAUAAUGCGUCUAGUGCCAGAGUUCCGGAAGGGAAUACGGGAGGAGGCACGGGGAUGACCUGUCAAGGAUUCAAGGCCGGUACCGGUUGUGCAAGUCGCUUGAUUGAAGGGAUUGAAUUCGGGGAGAAGAAGACGUACACAGUUGCAGCAUUGGUUCAGGCAAACUUUGGUGCCAAAAGAGACAUGCGUGUUGGAGGUGUUCCUGUGGGCAGAAUCAUGCUCGAACGAGAGGAAGCACAGAAGGAAAACCCGGCUCCUAAUGCGGGUACUUCUACUACUGCAGACGAAGAGAAAAGACUGGCUUCGAAAGACGGCAGUAUCAUUGUCGUUAUCGCGACGGAUGCGCCCUUGCAUCCAGUACAGCUUCAACGACUUGCUAAACGAGCCACUGUGGGUGUAGCACGAGUCGGCGGCUGGGGCUCAAAUUCUUCGGGUGAUUUGUUUAUCGCGUUUAGCACUGCUGAAAAUAUUCCUAGAGAGCCUACGUUCUCUUGGAAUCCGACAGUAGAGCAGACCGUAAGCGUUGUGCAGGAUGUCACUAUUAAUUCUCUGUUUGAAGCCGCGGCAGACAGUACAGAAGAAGCCAUUUAUAAUGCUUUGGUGGCGGCACAGACGAUGGAGGGGCCCAUGGGUGUAUGCAAGGCCAUUGAUCACCAAGAGUUGAAAGAGAUAGUUGAAAAGUAUAUCUGA